CCCCAUUACGAAAUUUUCUAUAAAAGCUUAAUACUAAUUAAUUCUUUUUUAUUUUUUCUUCUCUUUAUUUGAUUUUCCCUUUCCUUUUUCUUUAUACUUGUCUUUCUCUUUAACUGUGCUGGCUCACAUUAAAACCCAUUACAUAAAAAACAAUAUCAUGAUGAACCUCAAUUUACAUAAAGCUUACCCCACCAAUGUGACUAGAAGAAGAACACACCUUAAACCCAGUCAGGUUGCUGUACUUCAAGAGUCAUUUGUAACAAAUACUUUACCCGAUGCCAGUAUGCGAGCUCAAUUGGCACAGGAUUUAGGUGUGACAGAAAGAACCGUUCAGAUCUGGUUUCAGAACAGAAGAGCCAAGGCUCGUAAAUUGGAAGCUGCAGGCGGUUUACCUUCCUUAGUACCUAAUGUCAGAACUGGAUGGAUUGAUAUGCCUCAAAUUAAUCAACCUCCUCAAGCUACCUUUCGUUCUUAUAUCACGCCCGAAUGUUACCAAAAUGAACCUUCUAUCAAACGUAGACCAAGAUCCUGUUCUAAACCAGAAAAGACCACCUCGUUUAUCGUUCCUACACCACCUCAACGCGCCAUGUCGGAAGGCAUGGGCCGAAUCAAUGAAACAAAGGCAGAAAAAUUAGUGUCUUUCCCUGUAAAUACCAUCCGCAUUGGCUCUUGGGCUAGAUUUGCCAGUCAAAUUAACAACGAAUGGGACCUUGUCUGCUUUAGUGAUCCCUCUACACGUCAGUUGAUCUGGCAAGUUCAAGAUGAUGGACAUCAAUUCCGUAUCGAAGUCGAUUACAGUUAUAUUAAGCAAAUCCGCUUAGGCCAACUUCAGUCUGACAUUGGACAGCUGGAGAUUGAUGUAGAGCCUAAAUCGAUGAUCUCCUUUUCUAUGCGACGCCAAGGAAUUGAUCAAGACUGGAUCCGAUGUGGCGAUUUCACGGAAAGUCAACAAGCGACAGAAGGAGGAUCGCAUAUGCUCCAAGGUUCCCAUGGCAAUCUGAGACAAUCGCUCCUGGAAUUGAUCUCGCAAGCUCCUGAUUUAGCUGGUAAAUUGGUGAUUAUCCCUGAUAAUAAUAACAAUGAUUUCCUUUGUCGAGAUCUUACGAUUUCGCCCUCGGCCACACCAGAACCCAUGCAUCAUUACUUGUCAAAUAACUUGUUUAUUGAAAAGCCAUGGAAUAACAAUUACUACACUCCUCCUUCCUUUGACCCUCAUUCCUCUUGGACAUAUCUCAACAUGUUGCAGCAGCAAGCAAAUAAUAAUGGAGUCAUGAACUCUUUUAUCUAGUUUUUCUUUCUUUUAGUACAAACCCCCCAAAAAAAUAUAUAUAUAAAUAAAUAAAUAAAAAAAAAAAAAAGUUUGUUUCUCCCCCCCACCCCCUUUUUACCCAGUAAC